AAAAUGACACGUGGCAAUUCUGUUCCUCAAUGGUCUCUUUUGUCUGCUACACAAAAAAAAAAAGAGAGACAAAUGUGCCAACACUCUCGAAUCCAUCGCAUCGCGAUGAUAAUUUCGUCAUCUUCUUCCUUGGAAUAACGUGUUUAGGCGUGUACAUCACAUGGUGGCUUUGUGUAACACAAAACCAACAUAAAGCUUCCAUACGAUUUAGACCCUUGGGGAAGAAAAAAAAAAAAAUCUGUCAUUUUUAGACUUUUGUCGAUCACUGUUGUUGUAAGAUCUGGUCUGGGUCCUCGAUUUCGGGAAUAAAUGGGCAAUCCAGGUCCAGACACCGAGAGAAACAAGAAUAAUGUGGUCACAAGUGUGUUUGAUCCUGCAAUCUCUAGAUUCGUUGGGUUUUCUCAGAAGCUCCAAACCUGUCUUAAGUCCCAGCUGAAGAAUUUGAAAGCUGAUAAGCAUGGGAUUGGUUCUUCAUGGAGGCAAGAUAAAGAAAGCUCAUCGAGCUCGAUGCAAAUUGAUUUGGAGAAACAGUUAGGUAUUUGGAGAGAAAACCCUUCGUGGACUGAUCAGAUACCAGUCAUUAAGGUGAGUAUUCCAAAAGGGUCGCUUUGCAAUCUCAAAGCCGAGGUGAAUGUUGGUUUACCUCCUGAUGCAGUCUAUAACAUUGUGAUUGACCCUGACAACAGAAGAGUCUUCAAGAAUAUCAAGGAGGUUAUGUCGCGGAAAGUAUUGGUAGAUGAAGGGUUCAGGCAAGUGGUGGAAGUAGAACAAGCAGCUUUGUGGAGAUUUCUCUGGUGGUCAGGGACGAUCUCAGUUCAUGUCUUGGUGGAUCAGAACCGGGCAGAUCACUCUAUGAAAUUCAAGCAAGUGAAGAGUGGAUUCAUGAAGAGAUUUGAAGGAAGCUGGCAAGUUAAGCCUUUGUUUGUGGACGAACAUAUGUGUGAUCGUUUGAAACCGAAAACGUUGGAUGAGUAUAACCGGUGCACUGGAUGCAAAGGGAGGAUCGGAUCUAAAGUGACACUAGACCAGCUAAUACAACCAGCGAUUGUUCCACCUCCACCUAUUUCUUGGUAUCUCAGAGGAAUCACGGCCAAGACGACAGAGAUGCUCAUCUAUGACUUAUUGGCUGAGACCACCAGGAUCCGUGCAGCUGGAGAAAUGGAGGAUGGUCACUCACCGGAUGAGCAACGGAUUGGGACAUCUGGGGGUAUAAAGGAAAGAUGGGCAACACAUAGAAGAACAUCAAGGAGACGCCGGAAUGACUUGUCUUAAGUCUUAAGUCUCAAGUCCAUGAUUUUGGAAAACAAAAUGAUAUCGAGUAUUUUUGAAACACGCAGCAACAGAAUGCAUAUCAAUGUUGAUAUCUAUAUUCCUUGUUGAAGAGUUUACUGUUACCAAUACUGAUGUGAAAUUUACUCAACAUUUCGAAAGAAAUAACUUCAUUCAUUUA